GACAAUGAAAAGUUGGACUUUUAUGGGAAAAGGGGCUGAGCAAGAAUACAGAGGAGCAAGCCCAAAGGAUGGUGUUUGGUGAGCCACUUGGCAGCCAGACAAGGUGGAAGAAGUCAAAUGACCAGUUGCUCAGCAUUUCUCUGCAACUGUGUGCUUGAAGUGGGAGGAGAAACUGUAAUGAGGUUGACACACCAAGAGUCGGUAAAGAGUAUAUAAACUGUUAGAUACCUCCCUCUAGGCACUACUGAAACUCUGUGUGAGUCGCUCCUUUCUGAUGAAUUGAACAAGAAGGAUUUGAUAACCGCCGCCUUACUGAAGUCACUAGGAUCUUUGACUGUGAGCCAGUGAGACCCAAGCACACAGACGCCAAAACCGCCAAAAAUUUAAAAUAUUAAGGGCAGGAAGGAUGAAUGGACAUACUUUGAACAACACUUGUGAACCCCUCAGUAGUCCACUUUUGGCAGAAACUCUUGGAAGCAAACCUUUUAAGUCUGAGACACAACCCCAAGGCACUCAUCUAAACUUGCCUCUUGUGGAUAUGCUGGAAGAACAGGAGCCAGACCUCAAAGCCAUGGAGGGCACUUCAGUUGUCAAAAUGGACAGCGAUGAAGAAAAGUGCUCCCCUUGCAGGGCUGGAAGAGGCUUCCCCAGAGCUAUUGGCUAUGUCAUGGGAGAUAUGAAGGAGUUUGCCAACUGGCUUAAAGACAAACAUGUAGUGCUACAGUUCGUUGACUGGGUUCUGCGGGGAGCAUCCCAAGUGGUGUUUGUCAAUAACCCCAUCAGUGGGAUUAUUAUUUUAAUUGGACUCUUGAUACAGAAUCCCUGGUGGGCCCUCACAGGCUUCAUAGCGACUGUGGUCUCCACCCUCACAGCCCUUUUGCUGAGCCAAGACAGGGGUGCAAUAGCGGCAGGACUUCACGGAUAUAAUGCUAUCCUGGUUGGAUUGCUCAUGGCUGUCUUCUCAACCAAGGGAGACUAUUACUGGUGGCUUUUAUUUCCUGUGAUUAUUAUGUCCAUGACAUGUCCAAUUUUUUCAAGUGCUUUGGGUUCAGUCUUCAGUAAAUGGGAUCUUCCCGUCUUCACCCUGCCUUUCAACAUGGCCAUAACCCUGUAUUUGGCUGCCACUGGGCAAUACAAUCCUUUUUUUCCUAUUGCCUCCUUUAAGCCUGUAUCAUCAGUGCCCAAUGUUACAUGGAGUGAAAUUGACGUGCCCCAGCUCCUAAAAUCCAUCCCUGUUGGAGUGGGUCAAAUCUAUGGAUGUGACAAUCCUUGGUCAGGAGGGAUUUUUCUGGCAGCUAUGCUUUUCUCUUCUCCACUUGUUUGCUUGCACGCUGCAAUUGGUUCGGCACUCGGCAUACUGGCAGGACUGAGUCUUUCGGUUCCAUUCAGACUCAUCUACUUUGGCCUGUGGGGUUUCAACAGCUCUCUGGCUUGCAUUGCCAUCGGAGGAAUGUUCUAUGCCCUCACCUGGCAGACCCACCUUCUGUCCCUAUUUGGUGCCCUAUUUACGGCCUACCUAGGAGGAGCACUGGCACAUAUGAUGUCUGUGUUUGGAUUGCCUUCCUGUACGUGGCCCUUCUGCUUGGCUACACUCGCGUUUCUUCUGAUGACUACUAAAAACCCAGCCAUCUACAAGCUUCCCCUCAACAAAGUGACUUACCCAGAGGCCAAUCGACUUUUUUAUUUGUCAUCAAAGAAGAGACAGGUGGAAAGCCCCUUAUGAUUCAAGUGCCAAACUAGAGCUGUCCUUUCUGGUUUCUAAUCCAGCUGCACAUACACUGGAGGUCAAGGUGUGAAUUGAUAUUUUCCAUCAUUCAGUGCCUUUUGAUUACCAACACUAUUAGGAUUGGUUUUUGGGUUCAUUUUUUAAAGAACCUCACAAGCAAUUGCUGGUCCUGCUACAUGAGAAGAAUCUACAAUUUGCGCUGGACAAUAUUUUACCAAGUUCAUCUGAGAAGCCAGAUGGUAUGCACUGAAAGAGAAAGGGCUAUUAUUGGGGACUCACUAGUAGCCCCUUCUGACCCAGUGGGACAGUAUGUAAUACCAAACGAACACCUGGAAAUACUGAAAGAAACCAGAUUAGAGUUAGCACUACUGUUAUUGAUUCCCUUUGGUGUUGGAUAGGGUGGUUUACUGGGGCUAAAGACAAACACAGAAAACACUUGACAGUAUUAUAAAUUAAGCUCAACACCCAGCCAAGCCAGACUGAAUACAGCAUCAAAGCAAAUCCUCAGCUUUGAUGAAAUCAGCUCAGAAGGCUAAAGUUUAACCUAAAACAGGCAAGAAAAAAGAAAAGCGAUGAAAGAUGCACUUUAUGAUGAAAUGAUCUAACUCUGUCAACAUUCCAAAUGUAUCUGUCAGAUCUGUUGGCUAAUUCUCCAGUUUUCUACCUAAAUUUCAAGUCAUAGUCUUCAUUGUUGUAUCAUUUAUUAAUUGGGCAGCGUGUUGGGGGUGACUGUUUUUCAAGAAGAUAUUUCGUUAGACAAUCGUCAGGUAGACAGUUUUGACCUCUAAAUAUCAAUUUUGUUGGAGAUUAUUUCUAAAUGAUUUCAAAAAUGGGAUUUGUGGGCUACUUCAGGGAGUUUAGGUUGUGUAAAUGGUAUGAAUAUAAUACAGUGCUUUACAACAUUUUAUAAUUAAAAGAAAAGUUUGAGGCAAGAAAUAAAAUUCUGGAUAAAAUGGCCUUUCCCCAUAAAGCUACUUGUACCUAGGAAAAACUACUUGACAGUUAUCUCAGUUUAUUUCACACUAGAAAAAAAAUCAAGUCAUCUGCAUCUUUGGGCAUUUUAGGAUGAAUUUUCAGAUACAUUUGAGCAAUACGUGUUUCUUUAAUGUCGUUAGAAGAUUUUAAUAUCUGAAUACUUGAGGAUAUUAGUUUUAGAACUCAUCAUAUAUUUAUACCAUAAGGUUUAAUUUAAAACUGCAUCUUGCUAGAUUUAUAAAACUGAACCAAGAAAAAAGUUGUCAGAAAUCAAAGACCUUUGAAGGACCAAAAGGAUGCAUAUGAACCAUACUCUAUACCAAGUAUUUUCUUAAAUGUUACUAGCAAAUUUAUUCACCUGAUUAUUAUUAUAGCAUGACUAACUAGAAAAAAAUUGACCCUUCCAUCUCACUUGUUAAUCUCUAUGCAGCUUUUUGAAGUUUUAAAAGAUCAGACUUCAGAAUUGAGAGUGUUUUCCUUUACUGCUUGUUUGCCAAAUUCAGUGAGAAGUCUUUAUACAACUUCUAACUGAAGCAACAAAAUAAACCAACAGAUCCAAAAGUAAGAAAGCACAUGUACCCAUUGGGAGCUUAUAAUUUGAAAUUAUCUGUUAUGGAUGUAUUUCCAUGUAUGCAUAUAGUCCAAUGGAAAAGGAUCUUUUCAGUGUUUGAACUGAAAUCUACCACAUUGGGAAACUUGGUAGAUUUUUCUUCUGGGGAAAAAUGAAAAGCAAACAUGAUUCAUCAGUACUGCAAAUCUGGCCUGAAAUUGCAAAGAACCUUAAAUUUAAAAUGAUACAAGAUUCAUCUUCAAGAUGCAUUCCCUAUCUCUGAAUUGUAAGAAAGGUCACUGUUAUUGUAUUUUUGAUGGAUUUAUUAAUGUGCAAAAUUAAGGUAUUGUAUAACAUGAAAAUUUAAAUGUAUUUUUGGAGGGGGGCUUUUCAUGAUAAAAAUAUUUUUCUAACAAUAUGUACAUAUUUUAUCCAUUUCCUUGAACAGCACUUAAAUCUUUUCCUGUAAUUUUGUUUGAAAAAUUUCUUUGUAAAAUUUAUACCAGUAAAUUAUAUUCACAGUUA